AAGCCGAAAGGUAAAUAACACAGAACAGGUAAAUAAACACCGGAUUUGCACGAGUCGAUCAUACACGCAUUUUCUGAUUUUAUCAAUGGAUUAUAUAAACCUUAUAGUGUAAAAUAAAAAAUGAAUCUUCUUCCGAAAAGUCAUAAGGAGUUUAGUGAAAAGGAUUACUGGAACAAGUUUUUCAAGAAACGUGGUAACAAAGCUUUUGAAUGGUACGGCGAAUAUAUGGAACUAUGUUCCCAAUUACACAAGUACAUAAAACAAUCGGACAAAAUCCUUAUAACUGGAUGCGGAAACUCAAGCCUGAGCGCUGAUCUCUACGACGUAGGUUUCAAUAACAUCACCAAUAUUGAUGUGUCAGAAGUUGCUAUUCGUCAAAUGAAGAAUAUUAACUCUAAUAGAACUAACAUGAGCUUUUUGCACAUGGACGCGACGAGCAUGUCAUUCAAUAACGAAGAAUUUAAUGUAGUACUUGACAAGGGAACAUUAGACGCUUUGAUGCCAGAUUCAGAAGAAUCUACUAUAGCGACCAUAGAUAAAUAUUUUAAAGAGGUUAAAAGAGUUUUGAAGCUCGGUGGUCGUUUUGUAUGUAUAUCACUGCUACAGAGCCACAUCCUAAGUAAACUGCUGGAAGUCUUUGGUGAUAAGUCAUGGAUGAUCAGAGUCGUGAGGUGUCAUGAGGCUGAGGAGAAGAAUGCAGAAAAUGGUGAUGGGACGACUUUGCCAGUGUUUGUUGUUGUUGUAACUAAAUUUAAAGUUAUGCCUAAACUGCUCCUAGAAGUGUGCUUAGCGGGAGACAAAAUGAUAAGAGUGGACACACCAGAGGAUCUGCAGAGCUGUGUGAAAUCAGCACAGGACGCAGCUUUCAUCACCAAUGGAUUGGGAAAGACUAGCUUGGAAGGGGAUGAUGAGGUGUCCCUAGAUUUAAUGGUGCCUGGGCAAGACAGUCCGCGCUACUCACUCUAUGUGGUUGAUCAGAAAAAGCAAGCAGCCACCAAAUAUGCAGUUUUCAUAGUGCCACAAGGACGUGAAUCCGAGUGGUUAUUCGGCACAACAGCUGGUCGUCGUCAACUCCAAGAGUCUGCGAAAGCAUCUCGCCUAGUGGUAGCGGUGUUAAGGCGAGGCCAUCACUUCGAUAGCUUGGACGCUGUUAAGGAGGAGUUAGCGCAUUCCGCUAAAAUGCUGAUCCCUUUUGGGUUUAGUGGACAGAUCCCGUUCCUCUCCCUAGGUAGCGAUGUGGGCAAGCGCACCCCCAUACACUCGGGCAGUUCCAAGGUAUCUGGUGACUUCGUGGUGGAAGACGUGGAGGUGGACGGGGAGGUGUUCAGGCGGCUGGUGUUCCUGGAUAACCAGUUCUUGGUGCAGUCGGAGGCGAAGGUUAGGACUGUGAAACGCAAAAACAAAGAGCGGCAAGUGAUCGACUUCGGCCAUAUAUCGCAGUACCAUGCGUUCAUGUGCGUCUCCUUACAUUUGUUACAAACACCUGCGCACGCGCAUGUUGCCAUACUCGGCCUUGGCGGGGGUGGUCUUGCCAUGUUCCUGAAGAAAAGUCUGCCAAAUGCCAGUUUAGUGGCUGUAGAUUUAGACCCAGCUAUGGUAGAAGUGGCCAAAGAUCACUUUGAACUGGAGAUCGAUGAUAAACUUCAAGUGGUAGUUAAGGAUGGACUGGAUUUCCUAAAAGAUGGCGCGGAUAACGGUACCCACUUGGACUGUAUAAUGUUCGACGUGGACAGCAAGGACCGAACGCUGGGCCUCUCGUGUCCGCCGCCGCAGUUCCUCACCAAUGAGACGCUCGACCAUGUUGAUAGGAUGUUGAAGGAAGAUGGCCACUUCAUUCUCAACUUGGUGUGCCGCGACAAAGCCCUUCAAGAAACUAUCAUGGAAUCUCUCAAAAGGCAUUUCAAGCAUAUAGUAUCUAUAAAAUUGUAUGAAGAAGUGAACGAAGUUAUUUUCGCAACAAAUAGCAAUGCAUCUUAUAAUGUGGAAGAUUUGGAAAAUGCCGCGAAAAAUUUGAACGCAAAUGCGCGGGAAAAAAAACUUGUUAAAGUGAAAUGUGUUGAUUUGAAGGACUUAUUGCAAUCUGUUAAUAUUAUAGCGUAGUUUUAAGUGUUAUUGUUAUGUGUAAAUAUAAUGUUUAAUGUA